UGUUCGGAUAGAGGAAGUGGCGGAGGAACGGCCACUUCCCGUUCGCGACUUAAUUAAGGGGCUCAAGCUAGUACUGGUCGCAGCCGCAGCCCCAUCUGGUUCUCGGUCUUGGAGGACCCGCCUCGGCACAGCCGGGCUCGGUCCGGCCUUGCGCUGAGAAAAGAUGACAGCGAUCAAGCACGCAUUACAGAGAGAUAUUUUUACACCAAAUGAUGAACGCCUGCUGAGCAUAGUCAAUGUGUGUAAAGCGGGAAAAAAGAAAAAGAACUGCUUUUUAUGUGCUACAGUGACAACUGAACGCCCGGUUCAGGUGAAGGUGGUCAAAGUCAAGAAAUCUGACAAGGGAGACUUUUACAAAAGGCAAAUUGCAUGGGCCCUUCGAGAUCUUGCUGUGGUAGAUGCCAAAGACGCUAUCAAAGAAAAUCCUGAAUUUGAUUUACAUUUUGAAAAAGUGUAUAAAUGGGUUGCCAGCAGCACUGCUGAAAAGAAUGCAUUUAUCUCAUGCAUUUGGAAACUGAAUCAGCGAUAUCUCCGGAAGAAAAUUGAUUUCGUCAAUGUCAGCUCACAACUUUUGGAAGAAUCUGUUCCAAGUGGAGAGAAUCAGAGUGUGACAGGUGGGGAUGAAGAAUCAGUGGAUGAGUACCAAGAGUUAAACGCCAGAGAAGAGCAGGAUAUUGAGAUAAUGAUGGAGGGCUGUGAAUACGCAAUCUCUAAUGCUGAAGCCUUUGCAGAAAAGUUAUCCCGAGAGCUGCAGGUGCUAGAUGGGGCCAACAUUCAGUCAAUCAUGGCCUCUGAAAAACAAGUAAACAUCUUGAUGAAAUUGCUGGAUGAGGCUCUAAAGGAGGUAGAUCAGAUUGAAUUGAAGCUGAGCAGUUAUGAAGAAAUGCUCCAAAGCGUAAAAGAACAAAUGGAUCAGAUCUCUGAAAGCAACCACCUGAUUCAUCUCAGUAACACUAAUAAUGUGAAACUCUUGUCCGAGAUAGAGUUCCUUGUGAACCACAUGGACUUGGCCAAAGGUCAUAUAAAGGCCCUUCAGGAAGGAGACCUUGCCUCUUCCCGAGGCAUUGAAGCUUGCACCAAUGCUGCGGAUGCCCUUCUGCAGUGCAUGAAUGUUGCUCUCCGGCCAGGCCAUGACAUGCUGCUGGCAGUUAAGCAGCAGCAGCAGCGUUUUAGUGAUUUGCGAGAGCAUUUUGCUCGGAGACUGGCCAGUCACCUCAACAAUGUUUUCGUUCAGCAGGGUCAUGAUCAGAGUUCAACUCUUGCUCAACACUCUGUUGAACUCACUUUACCCAAUCAUCAUCCAUUUCAUAGAGAUUUGCUCCGGUAUGCCAAGCUGAUGGAGUGGCUCAAGAGUACAGAUUAUGGAAAAUAUGAGGGACUAACAAAGAAUUACAUGGAUUAUUUAUCCCGUCUAUAUGAAAGAGAAAUCAAAGAUUUCUUUGAAGUUGCGAAGAUUAAGAUGACUGGCACAACUAAAGAAAGCAAGAAGUUUGCUACACUGCCUCGAAAAGAAAGUGCUGUCAAACAGGAAACAGAGAGUCUCCAUGGAAGUUCUGGGAAACUAACUGGAUCUACCUCUAGUCUAAAUAAACUCAGUGUUCAGAGUUCAGGGAAUCGCAGAUCACAGUCAUCUUCACUGUUGGAUAUGGGAAACAUGUCAACCUCUGAUCUUGAUGUUGCUGACAGAACAAAAUUUGAUAAGAUCUUUGAACAGGUACUGAGUGAACUGGAGCCCCUGUGUCUGGCAGAACAGGACUUCAUAAGCAAAUUUUUCAAACUGCAACAACAUCCAAGUAUGCCUGGAACAAUGACUGAAGCAGAGGACAUGGAUGGAGGAACAUUAUCACGGCAACCUAACUCUGGCACGUCUCUGUCUGCUUCAUCUGAGAAAGAUAUGAUUCGCCAAAUGAUGACUAAAAUAUUUCGUUGCAUUGAGCCAGAACUGAACAACCUAAUUGCAUUAGGAGACAAAAUCGAUAGCUUUAACUCCCUUUAUAUGCUAGUCAAAAUGAGUCAUCAUGUGUGGACUGCACAAAAUGUAGACCCUGCUUCUUUUCUAAGUACUACAUUGGGAAAUGUUCUGGUGACUAUCAAAAGGAACUUUGAUAAAUGCAUUAGUAACCAAAUAAGGCAAAUGGAAGAAGUUAAGAUCUCAAAGAAGAGUAAAGUAGGAAUUUUACCAUUUGUUGCUGAAUUUGAGGAAUUUGCUGGACUCGCAGAAUCAAUCUUUAAAAAUGCUGAGCGUCGUGGAGAUCUGGAUAAAGCGUAUACCAAACUUAUCAGAGGAGUAUUUGUUAAUGUGGAGAAAGUAGCAAAUGAGAGCCAGAAGACCCCCAGGGAUGUGGUUAUGAUGGAAAACUUUCACCAUAUUUUUGCAACUCUUUCUCGUUUGAAAAUCUCCUGUUUAGAAGCUGAAAAAAAAGAAGCUAAACAAAAAUACACAGAUCACCUUCAGUCUUAUGUCAUUUACUCUUUAGGACAACCUCUUGAAAAACUAAACCAUUUCUUUGAAGGCGUUGAAGCUCGAGUCGCCCAGGGAAUAAGAGAGGAGGAAGUGAGUUACCAGCUUGCAUUUAACAAACAAGAACUUCGUAAAGUCAUUAAAGAGUAUCCUGGGAAGGAGGUGAAGAAAGGUCUGGAUAACCUGUACAAGAAGGUUGACAAGCAUUUGUGCGAAGAAGAGAACUUACUUCAGGUGGUAUGGCACUCCAUGCAAGAUGAAUUCAUACGCCAGUACAAGCACUUUGAAGGUUUGAUAGCUCGCUGUUACCCUGGGUCUGGUGUUACAAUGGAAUUCACUAUUCAGGACAUUUUGGAUUAUUGUUCGAGCAUUGCCCAAUCACACUAAACCUCAUGAAAGAAGAAAAGAUGAAUGAAUAAGCUUUCUCACUUUACCAGACACUGCACAGAAAAAUCAGGCAACUGCUUUGAGAACAUAGACUUUUAAUUUUUAUGUAUUACUAAAUGGCAGUUAAAUAGGUGGUACUACAAUAGUAAUAUUUAAGUGUAAAAGUACCAACCUAUGUAGCAACCUUAUUUGCCUCAUAGGUUGUGUGCUAACUUAAGGCAUUUAUGUCAUUAUAAAAUGCUGUUAGCACUUUCAAGUGAGGGGAAUGGGAAAGUUCCCUGGAUUGCCUUGUGUCUGUGACUAAGAGUGGUUUUCCUAAGUGAAAUGCAUUAGGGGUCCUUUGGCAUUCACUACUUCCCUGUUCCAUAGGAAUCAUGGACCUACUAAACUACUGUACAGAAUGUUUUAUCCAACAGGUGUGCACAGCAGUAAUGAACUUUUGAUUUGUGAGGAUUAUGUGACUUACGCAGUAGUAAAUCUGAAAUAAAAACAUU